AUGAAGGAAUCUAAGUCAAAGAUUAACAACUUCAAUCAAUGCACUUCUAACAGUUCUCCCAUUAACGGUGUGCAGAGCACAAGCUUGUUGCAGAAAAUUGAGAACAUCGGGACUUGUCUUGCGGAUCUAGAGCAAAUAGACCUGGCUGGCGAACAGCAGGACGAGAUAAUACAAGAACGCAUCUGCACUAUUGAAGAGAACAACAAGAAGAUUGAGCGUUAUCGAAAAUUAGCUGUCUUUCAACAACUGGAGAAAUUUAGUUCGGAAAAACAGGACGCAGAAGAGGAUGUGAAGAUGGCAACGGACGACAGUUGAUGAGGACCCAUACUUUUCGCAUAUACCGUAGGCAUGUUCGACGCGAAAGUCGUGUAUUUACAAACACGUUGAUGAAUGUUUUAAACUAUCCUCUAGACCAAGGAUGCGGUACACUCUCAGAUUGUAUGGCACCUGCAACUGAUACCGAUGAUAUCACAUCAGUUAAUUUGACAUAUGAACGGUUGGCAUGCCAGCACAAUGUCUGCCGCAAAAUGUCUAUACUCGGCUCCGCUGUCUAUAAUCUUGGCUGGGGAGGUUAUGAGGUUGUCAUGCCGACAUAACGCGUGCCGCAAAAUGCCCGCACUCGGUUCCUUCGUUAUCAUCUUGGCUGCGGCGAUUAUGACAUUGCCAUGUCAACACAGUUUUUGCCGCAAAAUGCCCACUCUCAGUUCCGCUGUUUUUAUAUUCGUGGCUGCGGAGGUUAUAUAGAUUUUGAUAAAUACGGUGCCACGAAGUUGCAGGACUGAGCUUCGCGCUCACUGCGUCAUAAAAUUUAGAAUAUAUAUAUCUAAAACACAGAAACUGAAUACAAGGUAAUCUUCGAUCUCCGAAGAGGGGGGUCAGCAAUAUUGUUUUGAAUGGUGCGAACGAUUUCGCUUACAACUGUACACGCCAUGUUUAUGUGAUAGAUCUGAGGACAAGGUAUCGUCGUUUUAUUAUAUUAAAAUUUCUAGAUUCUAUUUUGAUUAUUUGUGUAACUAAUGAAUGACUGAUCUGAUACACACCAUCUACAAGAUGUGUAUGUAUU